UUUCCAAUCAAAUGGGCUCGCCCAAUAUCUUUGGUUGGUCACACUGACUUCUUUUUAAAGAAUUCUACUUUGUGUUUCUGUUUUCCUUUGUCCACGUCUAUUGGAAAAUAUUUUUAUAAAUCUAGAAAUCGGACACGCUGUUAUCUGAUGACGAAUAUUUUGACGGGGACAUUCCCUUGGAUUAAUGCCUUAUCAGGUAUAAAAGGAUGCGCUUUAAACUGUCACUUUAGUAAUCACCUGUAAAACGCCGUCAUGGAAACUGUGCUGUUGCUAUUGUUUUGUCUUUCACUUGGAGUUCUAGGGCUACCGAACAAAUUCGGUAGUGAGCGUGUAAUGGGUGGAACCCAAGCAGUCGCUGGAGAAUUUCCUUAUGUUGUUUCAAUCAGUCGUGUCGACGACGGGCAACAUAUUUGUGGUGGAUUUAUUUAUAGUCCCAAAUGGGUUGUAACCGCUGCAUCCUGCGUUUACGGCUUGUAUCCAAGUCAACUCAAGGUGACUGCUGGAGAUUUGUCAUUGAAUAACGUUGAUCCUGGUGAACAGGAGUUAUCUGUGUUUUCAAUCAUAAUCUACGAUGGAUACAACAGCGCAUUCAAAACCAAUGAUAUUGCGCUCAUUGAGCUAGCAACUUCGAUUACUUUUGGCCCAUAUGCAGCAUUGAUCAAGUAUGAGGAAGUGGAUGAAUCCAUUUCACUUGGAACUUUCAUGGGAUGGGGAGCCACUCAAACCGAUGGCCUACCGUCUAUGAAACUGCGCAAAACAAGUUUGACUGUUACUGCUGAUUGUGUACCUCAUUAUACAGCUGAUGAAUUUAAUCGGAAUUAUAUGAUUUGCGCUGGCUCUGCGAGUUCCAGUCCGUGCGCGUACGACGAAGGAUCCCCAUUGGUCCAGAAAAUUUCCAAUGAAGAUGUUGUUGUUGGGAUCAUGUCAAAGAACCGUGGAUGCGAAACAAACGGUCCACCUUCAAUUUUUACAAGAUUAUCAGCUUAUUAUGCUUGGUUUCAAGCGAAUGCUGGUUUACAGCCUAUUACUCCGACCACUGUUUCAACUACAACUUUAAAACCUACUGCUCCAACUGCGCCAUGCAUCAAUUGCGUUACUGCUUCUUACAACAUGCAGGAAAACCCUUACGAAUGAUUCUACACAUUUCUACGGCUGAGUGUUCACCCAAAGAACUGUGACAAAAUAGUUACUUUACCUGUAGUUGUGUAGUGGCUUAGAUUUUAGAACAACUUCCUUUAAAUAAAUUUAAGAGUCAGCAAUACUGCAAGUGUAUUAAGAACUUGAAAUUGCUUUCGA